AUGACAACUGAGGAUGUUGAGCUUGAAGCCAUAAGACCAGAGGCAAAACAAGAAAAUGAAGGUGAUUCAGAUCCCGAAAAAAAUCUCCCAGGCUCUAUGGAAAUAUGGAAUAAUUUCGUCAAUGCCACUUCAUUACAUGGUAUUCGAUACGUGUUCUGGAAGCGACCACUCUGGGCCAGGAUUGGCUGGCUUCUUAUUCUCCUGGCAUUCACGGCUUACUUUCUGUACACAGCACACAAAUCUCUUGUUAAGUAUUACAACUGGCCUAUAAAUACCGUCAUAACUCAAAAAUAUACAGAUAAGCUGGACUUUCCAGCUGUAUCAAUUUGUCCGCUUAAUCUUGUAAGUAGGAAAAAGAUGUCUGCUCUGGACGGCGACCCCAAUUACGUCAAAUAUGGCCUCAAUGACAGUGUUUGUUCUGCCACGGCCGCAGUGCGUGAAGGGAAACCUUGUGGAGCAGCCAUGAUGUGUUGUUGCUUGAGUUUUAUUUUAUUUGACGGUGCGAAAAUUGUUCCAAACUGCACUCAGGAGUACUCUGAAAGACUCAUAGCUGCUCAGCAAAGAUCUGGGAUUUUUUUCGACACAGGCCGAUAUUAUGAAAAGUACAGUCAGGGAAUCGAGGAGAUAUUGAGUCCUGGUUUGUGUUUUUUCGACACUUCUGAGUGGUGCGGAGUUUUGGAUUUCAAAACAACAGUCACCGAUUGGGGUAUAUGCUAUACCUUCAACGCUGACCCUAAUAACAUAAGAAAGGCGCAACUCAAUGGAGCUGGAGGAGGUUUGAAUAUCUUGCUGGACGCUCAAGUCGAAGACCACACAAUUGGAAGGCUGUCAGAGGGUUUCACAGUAGUCAUCCAUCAGCAAGGGGAAACCAUCAUUCCUUGGGAUGGAAUCAACGUACAACCAGGGAUGCAAGCUUCAAUUACAUUACACCAACAAAGGGUGAGUACCACUAUCAGCACAGGAAAAGGUUUUAGUCGCAUAUAGCUGCGAGGGUCUUGUUUAAUCAAAUAAGGAUAAUAGUCCGCAUAUUUUGUCAUAUGGGUUUGAAACCCUUAGUGGCACCCAUCUACCAAAUCCUGGGUUAAAAGGUUUUAAGACUUGUUUAUAGUGGAAAGUGCGCUUGGCUUAAUUCCAGCUAAUUUAUAGGCACUCCUCUCAAAUACUUAGAAACAAAUAAUUCAAAUACAACAUAACAGGAUAAAAAAACCCCAACUGGCACGAGGCAACCAGUUGGCUAUUUACAAGCGUGGCCGAGGAUUUGAACUCGGGCGACAGAGAACAAAUCCAGAAAUUGGCCAGAGCGGGACUCGAACAUUGAGAGCCCGAAGCACUGACCACUCACCACGCUGCCUCCUAAGUUGAAUACCAGUAUCCCCUGGAAUUUCAAUCACGAUCACGAUCGGAGUUAACUAUGCUGGGAUAAAGUGCCCCCUGCUCUGUUUUUUAGAGGUUAACGCCCAUUGCGAAAUAGCUAAGACGGGUUCUUUGGCGAAAGUGCAACUGAUUAAAGUGUUGUAAUGUCUUGACAGAUAAUAAAUCUUGAGAAACCUUACGAAACAAAAUGUGAAAAUAGGAAGUUGAAGACAAAGGGAACCUACACAACGAAAAGCUGCUUGUUCGAGUGUAUUGCUGAGGCCGUGAUGAAGAGUUGUAAAUGUCACCCUGCUGAAUAUGCGGGUAUGAGUAAUGUCUUUGUUGUUUGCUUGUUUUCUUUUGUUCUCAUAACUUGAUAUAACUAAUUCGUCUACGUCACCGCCCUGAUCAAGAAGUUGUUAGAUUUUCAUCUUGGUCAAACCAAGGUCAAACCUUGCACAGUACCCCAACAAAAAAGUAUAAGCACCUUCGAUCGUGCGUUUCUCCAAAAGAGUAAGGAAGGUAAAACCCGGUAGUGAGGUCAACCUUAAAUGUGUGUAUGGUAGCUGGUCCCCAUCAGCUUGCAAGCUGCCUUAAAAUGCAACCGGAUUUAUUAGAUAAAAAAAAAUGAUGGUGAUGUUCAUGACGAUGAUGAUGAUGAUGUCAUUGAUUAAGCUAAUUGAGAUUUGGGUUAUCGACCUACAGAAAUGAUGCGUUAACAUUCGUCUGAAUACUUGACUAGAUCGGCAUUCUGUAAAGUCUAAAUAUUCAGUUAGCAUAUAAAUGAGUUGUAAUGGUUUGGUUCACUCACUUUUUCAGCAGAGGAGAAGACAAUAAGAAGUUGUACUAAAAUGGAUCAGCCCUGCAUUCUCAAUACUACAUGUAAGAAACCGUACUCUGUACUUUCUAAAGUAUAGCCUUUUCUUUUUUCUGAAGUCCGAACGGGAGGUGGGGGUUGGGGUAUAAGUAAGAGCCCUUAUCGCCAUCCGCUACAGGAAGAUCAUUUAUUUUACCAGCCCGCUUUAAGACAGCGAAUGAUUAAGACUGAAACUGUGGUUUGCAGUGACAUAAAGUGGCAUGACAGUUUGUGAAUGUGUCAUGACUGCACCGUCCUGGGUACGAAGCAACAAAGCAAAUAAUAACAACAAGAAAUUAAUGGAAAUCUUUCAUGUUUUAUCCUUGGUUUUUUCUUAAGUCUAACCCGUUUUACAUGCAGUUGUCCUGUGCUUACGUAUGUUUGCACACUGAUGCUUAGUCGCCAUGUAAAAUGGCUUUAAGACGUGAAAUCUUACCCGCUUUAAAAUCCGUCUGAAAAAACACAUAUACUACUGAAUUUUCAGCCUAUUUGGAGACUACACGAUGCGACUGUCCAGUCCCCUGUAACGAGACAAGAUACACCACUGAGGUGUAUUAUUCAAGUUUCCCGGAUGUGGGCUCUGCAACCGUAAUGCAAUCACUUGGUUUGAAUCGUUCUUUUGAUUACAUGAGGUACGUAUCGUCGACCAUGCAACAUAUGCAUAAAAGAUUAAGGGUGAAUGCCACGACUCGAGGGAAAGUGCAAUGCUUCGUCGUUGGGUAUAAGAGGCAGUUACGUUUAGUUAUACCUAAAGUGUUAAGGAACUUUUUGUCCAAAAUUCAUUUUAAUUGGUUAGUAGUAAAUAAGUAGUAAACUUGUGUAAAUAUCUUAAUAUAUAGUGUGAAAUAAUGAAAUAAAUUAUAAUAAUUAAAAAAAUAGAGUCAAGAAAGUUGCAGCUAUUGAUCACCAUUUAUUUAAGACAGUUGUUUUGAGUUGUUUUUAAUCUAAAUUGGGUUAAAUCAUAGUGACGGCAAUGUUUGUGAUGAAAGUAGGUGGGGGAAACUUUCCAUAAAAUCCCUUGCUUAGGGUUCCAAACAAGGAUUGGUCACCGCGGGCAUGGCCCCCAAGAUCCUAGGGAAAAUAAGAGGCUUAUUGGCAUUUGCUACUCCUAUCGAUAACAAUGCAGUUCCUCGCGAAGCGACGGCCGAAGACUGUCGUGCCAAGUGAGGUUUAUAAUUUUGUCAGAAUUCGCAUCGCGUGUGACUCCCACGAGGAUCGCUAAUCGAAGUGUGAUCUAGCUUUAGCCGUAAAUAUUUCUAUCAACCUUUAUAUCGAUUUGGGCAUCUGCAGUUGCCUAGGAAAAAGACAGCGUGUUAACAAAACAGCCACAAACCUGGAAAAUGAAAUGCUUUUGUAGAUACACUUCAAAGAUAGAAGUGCCUUUUAGAGAAAAUAGGUGCGAUUUGGACAUUAUUUUCAAAAUAAUAGCGAAAAUCGAAAUAAGAAGACGGGUUAUAUCGACUUUUUAGGACAUACGUUGUUUAAAUACGAUGAAAUGCGUUUAAAUUCGGUUUCCACCGUCAAAGCUCGGUUUUUUUGUUAUUGUUGUUUUGUUUUUUGUUUUUGUUUAUUUGUUUAUUUUGUUUUUGUUUUUAUAUAUUGUCUUUUUUCCAUUGGCUCUUUUCCCUUUCUUCCUACUUCUGGUUGUUAGCCUCUUCUUAGCGGGGUUCUGUGAUUCACAUAUUUCUUAUACAAUAUAUAGAUAUAAUAAGAGAAAGUCGUUGCUUUUCUUUUACUUUAACUUUCAUUUUCGCCUUCUGUUUAUUAAUAUACUGACUAAUGGACGUUGCAGUAUUCUUAGAGUUACAGUAAAUGCUGAUCGUUAACGGCGAUCUAUGACCCUUAUUAUCUAGGAAAAACUUUGUAUUCCUUCAAAUUGGUUACAAGACACUCAGCUACGAAUUACAAGAGCAGACGGUGGGAUUUGGAAUUGAAGCCCUAUUUGGUAUGAGCUAUUUUUAAAAUUGCUUAUUUCAUAUUCAGGCCAAUUUUUUUCUUUUACUGAUCGCCAAGCUGAGUACGCGCACUACAUGUUAUAAUUUUUAGUUUUGAAGUCUUUCUGAUCUGGGUUCAAUUCUUUGAACAAAGGGGUGUAUUUUAGGCGGAGGAUUACCUCUUACACUUGAAAAAGCGAAGCUAAAAUACUUCCAUGUUUUUAUGUAUCAUCAUCAAAGUUUUUUGUAUUAAAAGUCUCCACUAAACAAAAUACAUCGUUUUGAACAACCUACUUACAUUUUAUAUUGGCGACGGCCAUGCAUGCAGUUUUUUAAAGAUAUGAGGCAGCUUAUUGCUCUGCGAUGGACCUCAUCUUUGCCGUAAAUCAAGUUCUAACUUUAAGCAGUUUGAGUUUGAAUGAGACAAAUGCCAGCAACCCCGCCUUUCCAAUAGGUACAUUAACAACAACAUCAACAACUUUAUUUUUCGUAUAAAGAUACAAAAGUUGGAUAGUUUACCCGCAUAUAGCUGGAAAGCUAAUCGUGGCGGGGCAAGACAAGUACAUGAAUAACACAAUUAUCUAAUAAAAACCAAAACCUUAAACUAUUAGAAAGCCUUGCAGAUUUGCAACUAAAAAUUAUUAAAGCACAGAAGUUAAGUGAUCUAAUUAACACAGGGCUUACUGACGUACAAUGCAUUAAAACAAGGAGUCACUGACUCUUAAAUGAUAAUACAGGAAAAGAAAAAGCAGACAUUAAAACCUUUAGCAGGUGUAUCUAUGGACCUACUUUUUUAUAAUCAUGGGGAUUAUAUUAUAGUCGUCCUCCCUUUCUAUAAUUAGAUAUCAAAUAGCAAUUUGAGGAGAACUAUUUAGAAAUCGUUCUUUUUUAACGUCCGAUAUAUUUAGUGGUAUCUAACCCACAGCUUUACUCCGAGCCGAGAGAGAGAGAAUUGUUUUGUAUUUCUAGUCUAGAACUUUUAACAUUGAAUUCGAAGUUUCCAGACGUAGACGAUCCUGCAUCGUAUGAGUGAAUAUUAGAAGUAUUGUGAGGAAUACAAAAGUUUGUGUUUCUUUAUAUAGCUCAUCACUCUUGGUACUUUAUCUUCAAUACCUGCAAACUAAUUCAAUCUUUUUCUUUUGGUUUUUUUGUUUUUAGGUGAAAUUGGCGGAAAUAUGGGUCUCUUCCUAGGCUGCAGCCUGAUGACUGUAUUCGAGUUUGCUGAUUUUCUUGUGGCUUUGAUUUAUGUUCGAAAAUGGCGUAAAGAAUAUCAAACAUAAAAUUCCUUUUAAGGCAUUAUACUAUAUACUUUACUUUUCGAAAAGGUAAAACGAUAUUGAUUUACGACUCUUAAAAAAAGUUAAUAAAAUAAGUCAUCAAGCGGUGGUGCUGAAAUCGUUUGAGUAUAAGGGGGAAAUAGUAACUACAGGAAUCAAUAAAAUGCAGUCGUAUUUCACAAGACGCAACGAGCCGGAAGUCCAAACAAAAAAAAAUAGAUUGUUUCAUCAAUUGAUAUAGCAAUCAAUUUGGAAAUAAAUCACAUUCUACUAAGCUGGAACCUUUUAAUAAGGACAUACGUACAUUUAUAUGAAAUUAUUAGACUUCUGACUACAAGACC